UGAUCACCAGGCAGCCAGAGCCAGAGCCCAGGAGCAGAAGGAAAACUUUUCAGUCAGACAGUCGAAGUUAAAAGACGUUACUGAGUAUUUCUGUUAACUUUCUGUAUUUAAAAUGCCUUUACGUUGUGGCGGAACAUCUGAGGCGAAAGAUGCAAAUGAAGAGGUUCAGAAAAUAUGCGAUGAGAUAAAGUCUCAUGCCGAGGACAAAGCUGGGCGCACGUUUGACGUUUUCACCGCCAAAUCUUUUAAAACACAACCUGUUGCGGGGACAAAUUACUUCAUUAAGGUGCAUGUAGGUGAGGACGACUACAUUCAUCUGCGCGUCUAUAAAACUCUGCCUCAUGCUGGAGAAAAACUGGAGCUGCACAGCCUACAGACAUCCAAGACUCAUCAUGAUCCAAUCGAAUACUUCUGAAGCAAACUAAGCAAAUCAUCAUAAAUACUGCCCACUCAUG